UUACCAGUACCUGUAGAUGAAUAUAUAUAGGUUUUACCAGAAAAUGUGAUUGUGUUUAAACGCUUUGGAAGUCGCCUCGUAUUCUCGUGGUUUCAUUUUUCGUGGUUUAACGGCGGCUUCAUUCCGUUGGUGAAAAUUGCCUGACUUUGUACUCGGCUAGCGUCGCUUUGCAAAAAAAAAUAAAAUCCAGCCAACCACCAGACGAAGAGAGUCACGAACUUCGUGGAAAAACAACCAUUUUUAAUAUUUUAAACAAAAGAAAUAAUACAUUCGUUACCUGGUGUUCUUUUUACGAACACUUCGACAUUAUUACCAAAUUGACCUGGGAAAUAAAAUGAGUGGAAAAGUUUUAUUUGCGUGCUCGAAAUGCUUCUCAAGACACCCGUUCGAAGAAUUAUCUUCAGGAACCCAGCUUUGCAAGAAUUGUCGUGGGUCUUCGUCCUCUACAUCAGCUAAUCCGGUCGUCAAAUGUACUUACUGUCGCUCCGAAUUUCAGCAAACAUCGAAAGCUCAAAAUAUUUGCAAAAAAUGUGAGCACAACUUGGGUAAAUAUGGCAAGCCGAGUGCAUGUGAAUGUUGUAAAAUUGUUGCUGCAUUUGGAGGCUCUAAGUGUAUGAGAUGUGCUAGCUAUGAAGCGAGAUAUGGUCCACCGGUACACUGCGAUGAGUGUAAAUUGAGGUCUGCUUUCGAUAGGCGUGACGAAAAUAAAAAGAUCAACGGCAAAUUACUGUGCUGGCUUUGCACAUGUGCUUAUAAACGUGCGUGGCUGAAAGCGCAGCAAGAAGGACGAAUAUCAUCUAAAAAACGUCCCCAUGAAAAAUCACAUCGCGAUAGUUCAUCUGCUGCCGCAAAAAAGGCUGCCCGCAGCGGUGAUGUCACAAAAAGUAGCAACAGCGCUAACACAGCGGUAGCAGCAGCAAGUGCCGCUGGACUUGACUUGCCAGAAAAAAUUUCUCGUACAGCAUCUUCAAGCAGUGGCAACGGUUUGGGAUCUGUAGCAGCUCCAGCUGUUGUAACUAUAGAUCCAAAUUCUGCAGAUCAUGUAGUUGCUUUGACUACUUUAAAAGAGCGCAUUGCUAGCCUGGAGAGAAGAUUGAACCAAAAGGACAAAGAAUUAUUAGAAAAAGAUAAAUUGCUAACUGAAUUAAAAGGCAAAAAUUUUGAAAAGGAAAUUGAAAUGCGUAAUAAGCUCAAGGAUAUUGAUCGUUUAAAUGAAAUGAAAGUUGAAAAUCUUAAUCGUAAAAUUGCUAAUCUUCUUAAAGAAGUAGCUGGCCUCAAGAAAAUGAACAAAAAGAAUGGGUCUGGUGGAACAGGAACAGGAAGUACAGGGGCUAUCCGGGAUAAAGAGCGAGAGAAGCGGGAACGGGAAAACCAGUCGCCAAAAGAAGAUGCUACAGCAGCGAGCAAUGCAACGGAUUCAUCUGAUAAAGACGAUGAAAAGGAUAUUCGUAAAGACGAGGACGACCGCAAAAGCGAGGAUGACUCUCGAGACUCAGAAUCUAAUAAGGAAGAUGUCAAAGAAUCGCCCAAAGAAGAACCCGAAGAUAAAAGCAAAGAAUCUAACAAAACAGACAAUCAAGAAAAUGACACUAAAAAUGAUGGAGUUGAGGAAAAUCGAUCUCGUUCUCGCUCGAGGGGUUCGCGUUCGCAUUCUCGCUCCCGAUCCAGAUCUAAAUCACAUUCAAAAUCCCGAUCGAAGUCACGUUCAAAGUCUCGAUCAAAGUCACGAUCAAAGUCACGAUCUAAAUCACGUUCAAAAUCAAGGUCAAAAUCACGAUCGAAGUCUCGUUCAAAGUCCCAUUCACGCUCUGCUUCGAGAUCACGUUCUCCUGGAUCGCGCUCAGGUUCUAGGUCCCAUUCGGCAUCGCGUUCUCCUUCGCCUUCUCGCUCCAACACUCCAGAAUCGAAUUGAAAAAUUUUACCGUUUUUAUAAUAGGAAAAAUGUAAUUUAAUGUUUUAUUUUUAUGUUACCUUUAA